UCUCAAGGGAUUACUGUCCCUCCCCCUCCUCGGAUCAACAAAUGACCUCCGCAUGAAUAUCACGUGCCUCAUUAUUUCCCAAGCGCUGACUGGUUUAAUACAAUGUUCAUCACCAAGUUUUGGUUCUUUACGAGUAAACAACAGAACGCGUCGGUGGAGAUACAGCUGUCUUGUCAUAAUCUCGACUGCGUUAGUCUGCGAUCGAUUGAAGCUUUGAACAGAUGAAAUCUCGACGAUUUGUUUUAAAAUCCGCGAAAAACUUGAGUUCAGUUUGUCCCAAACACUGCUGGAGAUACAGGGAGUAACGAGGCAGCUCAUUCGAUCAAACCGGGUGCGGGUGGCAAUCUUCCGCUUCCAGCAGAAAAUUAUUUUGAACUUAAGUACUCUAUGGAGCAUAGAAAUCGUUGUACAUCCAAUCGAUUUCACUCCACAAGAUGUGUAUCACAUUGACAUUCAACUUUAGGAAGCUUUCGUCGUUGAUAUUUCAAUUUUCAAGACACUCCCUCCCUUCCUAAAAAUGCAUAUUCUCGGCUUGUCGCCAAGAAAGUGGUCACGCGACUAGAUCACAUGUGGAUUAGAGUUCAAACUCCAAUUAGCUGGAUGCUGCACAUCACGCCGCGAAUGCGUUACAUGUCACGCAAGCUCCGUCGUAAUUAUGAGCGAAGAACUGUACUAUAUUUCUCGCAUCACAGGGGUUCUCCCCAAAUUUAUCCGAAAACUACAUCUUCAGAAUGGUCUUCAUUGACUUCACCAACCUCGCAAAGGUUCUGGCCUGAGGCUAUUGGUUACGUAACGGAACACCACUAACAUCGCUUACCACGUGAAGCAAAGAUGAAUCGACAAUUCUCUGGCGUAACGCGACAAUUGUCAGAAAAUUUGACAACAGAGGAGAAAGAAGGCUAAAUAUUUUGCUGUUGUUUUAUUCAAUAGCUUCUACUAUUCGUCCAUUGAUUUCUAUACGUGUGUGGGCUUUCACGCAACUUUAUCCACCGGAAAUUCGAAAAGCCUUUCGACCUUGGCCUCGAUCACAGUUAUUCCGGAGCAUUUUUCCAGCUUUUACAUCAUUGGCGUGAAAUAUUCUCCAGGAUAUCAGGGCGCUUAAGGCGGUAUCCUUGCAUGAAUAAAACAAAAGUGUUUAAUUUUUCAGCUGAUGCAAACCGCCUGAGUAACCAGAGACAUUAUUGUUUUAUCAAGACAAUAUGAAAUGGUUAGCAGUCAAGCUAGGCCAUGCCAACCUGGAAUUCUUGAAAAACAAAUACUGAACUGAAAUUUACUUUCGACCCCAGGAUAAAUAAUGAUCUGAAAAUCCAUUUGCGGUAGGAACAAGCGUACCUCUAACAAUAUUUGGAAAGCUAAUUAUUAUUUAUAUUGUUUUGUUGAAGUUCCCCGCCCAGGCAGGUAGUUGUUUUUAAUUAAACAAGCGUGACAUCAUAACGCCAUAAAUCCACAACACGCGGACAUCACAUGACAGUGAAGCGGUAAACAGGCCUUUGUUGACGUCCGGUGCUCACUCUAAUGUACCGGGAGCUAUAACUUUUUUUUCGCACGCAUACAUCGCGGCGGUCGAAGUACGUUGUCCCAAUUUUCCUCACGCUUCCAUAUCAACUGAUCUACACCUCGACUAAGAAUGCAGUCUUCGACUCGGGCUCUUCGUCCUCUCGUAAGUUUGACCAAUAUCUUGGUUCGAAGUGCUCAUCAAGCAAAAGCCCAAGCACCUUCGGCCACUGUGAACACUGGUGAUCAUGAUUUGAAACUUGUCAACGGUGCUCUGUUGAAAAAUCCUCGCUCUGAGUAUAGAAUGGUCCGUCAAUACCAAGGAAAGAUAAGGGCAGUUAUCUUAGACUGGUCUGGCACUGUUGUGGAUUGCGGUGUCUAUUCACCAGCUGUUGUGUUCAAUGAAGUCUUCAAAAAAGAGGGAGUCCCAAUCACAAUGGAAGAGGCAAGGGAGCCCAUGGGAAUGCACAAAAGGGUGCACAUCCGUAAAGUCACAGAGAUGGAGUCUGUCAGGAGAAGAUGGUUUGAAAAGCUGGGUCGCUUUCCCAAUGAGGAGGAUGUGGAAAGGAUGUUUCACAACUUUGUUCCUUUACAACUUGACUGUAUUUUGGACUACUCUCAGAUGAUCACUGGCGCAGUUGACACUGUUAAUUACCUGCGCAGCAACAUGAACCUGAAGAUUGGGUCCACAACCGGAUUCACUAAAUCUAUGAUUGAUGUGCUGAAAGUUGCUGCCACUGAGCAAGGCUAUACUCCUGAUUGUUAUGUUGCAGCAGAUGAGGUACCACAAGCCCGGCCAUAUCCUUACAUGGUCUGGUUAAGUGCUAUCAGACUGGAUGUCAAUCCCAUUGAGGCCCUUGUUAAAGUUGAUGACACAGCUGAUGGAGUCAGGGAAGGUACUUCUGCAGGCUGCUGGAGUGUAGGACUUGCCAAAACAGGAAAUUAUGUCGCCUUGAAUGAAGAAGAGAUUGCCAACCUGAGUGAAGGUGACCUUGAGAGGAAACUCAAGCGAUCUUAUGAUAUCCUGGCCAAUGCUGGGGCUCAUUAUGUAAUUGAUUCCAUCAAUGAUCUGCCCCCAGUUAUUGAAGAUAUCAACCGACGCCUUGCCUCUGGAGAAAAGCCAUGAACAAUGACAUCAAAGCACUUCAGGUUAUAACAAUCUGGACAAGUUGUUAAAACUUGUUUUUGAUUUCAUAAGUUCCAGCUUUGCUUUUUAUUUUCUAUAUUUGUGUUUUUAAAGGUUACUUUAGGAUUACGACAAUCUGACAGGAGCAUUGCAGUGUCUCUUUGGAAAAAAUAUUGUACUCUUAAAUUGUGUCAGGCAAUUUUAUUGCAAGCAAUAUAGAUGGAAGAGACAAAGCAAUCUUAGGGAUUGUCAGACUCUAAUAGUUAAAUGUAUAGAUGAAAUCUACUUUUGUGGGUAACAACAGAUUUUGGUCAAGGUGUAGAUCAGUGGGAAGCAGGUGUUGUUAUGAUCACAGUGCUAUUAAGCAGAAGUUGACUUUAACAUUUUUUGAACAAGCACUGAAAUUACAAAAGAUAACUUUAAUGUGUGUAAAAUCCUAAUGGAACUCUGGAAUCAACUGGCACUUUUUGACUGGCCUCAGUUGUCUCACCCAUGUAGUAUUUCUUUUUGAGUUUUUUAAGAAGGAAUUGUUAGUUCAAAAAAUAAAUUAGAAAAAGAGCUGAAGUUUGUUCAAACCACAUUUUUAUUUCAGUAAAAAGUCUAAUAUAUUUAUAAUCCAUAAUGAUACUGUAAGUUAAUGCAUUUAAAAUGUUUUUAGAAUGACAUUUAAUCAUUGCAUUACAUCAUUAAGAAAUCAGUGAAACUAUACAAAGACAUGAAAAUCUGUGUUGAUUUUUCAAAUCUCAUUUGAAUGCUUCUUUAGAUUUGACUAAGUGCAUUCAUGUACUGCAUAGUAAUAAAAUUGGAGUUUCUUCAGA